UUUAGAACCAUCGAAGACAUAAAGUUCAAACUACAAGACCGAUCUUAUCCAAAACUAUUUAGUUUGCCUCCCUUCUCCCCCGUCAUUACUCUUUAUAUUCUAUUAUUGACGAGCAACAGCCAGUGUAGCCUAAUUCUAUUUCAAUGACCUCAGCUACCACCUUUUUACCUCAAGAGCCUUAUCCAAGUCCACCCUCAUACGAUGAAGCUAUUGGCCGCUCUCUUCAAAGCCAUCAAGCACUCGGAAAUCAGUCCACUAAUGGUCUAACGCCCCAUGAUUUCGGCACUUUCAACGGUAGCAGCGGGUACCGUCGUGGUGGCGGUGAUGAUGAUGAACGGGAUAUGGAGGAAGAGCGUGACUAUGAAGAAUCUCGCCCCCUGAAAAUGGGACGGAUACCAGAUACCAGAGCCCAGUACACGUUUAUUCAGCCCAACGACACAAUCAAUCCUAGCCAUACCAAUAGUACUAAUAAUAGAAGAUCUAGCCAUCAACAUCAAGGACAAUCGCCGAAUAUCCAAAAUAGAUAUCCUGGACAUCAACAUAACAGUAGCAUGAUUCAACAACAACAACCUUAUGCCCCUCCACCAACAAGUCCAUUAUUCAAUAUCCCUACCGCGCCGCCAGCACCAGGACCAGCACCAAUAUUAGCACCACUCGCACCUAACAUCUCAGUGCCAUCACUGUCUUCGAAAGAGCCUUCGAAGAAUAUACAUCAACAACAAAUCCAGCCUGAAAACAACGUCAUAGAAUGCACAGUCGAACCAACUUCGUCAUCAUCUUCAUAUUUUGCGCCUAUGGCUGCACCUGUUCCUUUAGCAGGAGUCCCGGAAAUAGCUGGUAAUGGACUGAUCAAUCCUCAAGACAUAUCCAUUGCGGAUUUUAAACAGACGAAACGUGGAACCGAAUCAUGUGAUAUGGUUUUGGAGGAUCCUUAUCAAUUGUAUCGAUAUUUCGUAGCCCAUAAUGAUCGUCCUACGAUGCAUGUAGUCAUCGCAGGGCAUCAUAUUGAAAAACAUGAAACCUUUGAGACAGAUUCGGACGGACACCGUAAACCUGUCACGAGAAACGUGCGUGUGGAUGAUUUCAAGAUUGAUUUCGAUUUGACCCCUUAUAUCUCUCCCAGAGGCACGCUUUACACAGCUCCGGAUCCAAAGACUGGCAAGACUUUGACCAUCAGAGAAGCGUUGGAGCAGUAUGCAGAGGAUGAAAACCCGUUCAAAGAGAUGCAUAUGCAUAAGAUGGUAGCAUGGGAUUUUGAAGAGUUAACAAGGGCAAUUACACAUGCAAUCCGAUCUGUUCAUUACCGCUACACGAUCGAAGUCUCAUACCCAUGUACGAAUAAUGUAGUCAUUGCAAAAUCAUCCGCACCACUCGCAGUCUUUAUGCGGAAUGGUUGGACCAAGGCCUUUUGUUUUCUCUCUCUUGUGGGGAUUAUUUUCUAUCCUGCUCGUGAACUCUACAAGAAGGUCAAGGACAAGAUUCUUAAAUCCGAGUUUGAAAUGACAAUCAGCACUCGAGAUUUUUAUACACAGAAUUACUGGAGUAUUGUCGAUCAAGUGCAAUAUAGAUAGUGUAAUGAUAAUAAUUAUAACAAUAAUGAC